GAGGCGCCGAAAUCACCAAGAGCAACCACAAGUGUUUUAACAGCCGAACCUUGGCCGGACAGAUCGCCUCACGGGCUGGAUUGACCCACAUCGAAGCCCUUACCCGAGUUAAUCCGCAAUUUUCGGUCAUGAACCCAGCCUUCCGACUCCUGCCUUCCGUCUCCUAUAAUUCAGACCCCUUUGCACCGCUCUCGCCCCUUCUGCACUCCGCAAGUAUCAAGCAGUAGCCCCGAUACGUCCCAGAACAGGACAACCAUGGCCACGCAGAUUGAUCGUCUCCUGGCCGAGCAUUCGGCCGCGAGCGUUCCCGAGGAACCUCACCCUGGGCCGUCGGCCGCGCCCUCGCUUACAUAUUCCGAUUCGUCUGACGAGCACGAAUUGGAAGAGCCCCGCCAGCCAGAGCCACGCCGCCGGCGCGCAUCGACGCGCCUGAUCGCCCAGAGCCCGGCCGAUGUGCAACGCAUCACGGGCGAGACCACGACCCAACUGAUCCGCCGAUGCUGCGGAGGCGGUUGCUGCCUCGGUCUUGGGCGGCCAAAGCAGGACGACGUCGAGAUUGAGCAGAUCGAGUUUCCUGACAACGAUGCAUAUCGGUCGCUGUGCCUGAAGAUCGAUCAGAUCCCUGCGACCCUGAACAGCGUCUGCGAUCUCCCCGAGCAGACCGUGUUUCUGCAACCGCUUCGACGGCCCUCCAAUGUCCCGUCUCCGACAGACUCGGGUGUUUCGCUGGGCGCGGACAGCCCGACCGCCCCCGCGGGCGACAUUGAAAAGAGGUUACACAACCUCGGGCUGGAGGAUCUCGACACGCGGAUACAGCCGCCCUCGUUUGUCCAGCCGCACCCCCCGCACCACGUCUUCCCCGCGCGCAUCCACAACGCCCGCGAACUGACACGGCCGGGGGCCGAGAAACGGACGUUCCACUUCGAUCUCGAUGUUACAAACUACCCCGAAGGCGAAGGGGUGGACUUCAAAGUUGGCGGCGCCAUCGGCGUGUCAGCGCCCAACGAGGCGUCGCUGGUCGAGGAGAUUCUCGACCUGCUCCUCGUGCCUCGCUUCCUGCGCGACAAGCCGGUCUUGCUGCGCACGACCAAGGGAAGAUGGCCCACCGUCUGGGGCGACGACAAGGCCCGCGAGCUCGUCACCACGCGGAGAGAUCUGUUGACCUGGUGCUCCGAUGUCCAAUCGUACCCGCCGACAAAGCAGAUCCUCCGCGUCCUCGCCGAGCACGCGACGGACGCAAACGAGCGCAAGAUCCUGCUCUUCCUCUGCUCGGCCGAGGGCCAGGGCGUGUUCUGCGACUUCCGCACCGGGCCGCACAUCACGCUCGUCCAGCUCCUGCAUGCCUUCCCGAGCGCCAAGCCGCCCCUGGACCAGCUCCUCUCCGUCCUCCCUCCGCUGAUGCCCCGCUUCUACUCGCUGUCCAACGACCCGCACGAGUCGUUCCUGACGCGCGACGGGGAGCAGCACCGCCUGAUCGAAAUCGCGGUGACGGUGCACGAAACCGCCGACUGGCGGACGGGGAAGCGGACUGGCGUCGGGUCGGGCUUCUUCCAGCGGCAGGCGCUGCGGUUCCUCGACGCGCAGGCGCGCGGCGAGCGCGAUCCGGAGUUCUACAUCCCCAUGUUCAAGGGCCUCAUGGCGAACCCCCUGGCCAAGCAGUUCGUGACGGACGGGCCGAUGCUGCUGAUCGGGGCGGGCGUCGGCAUCGCGCCGUUCCGCGGCUUCGUCCAGCGGCGCCUGAAGACGGCCAGCUGCGCCAACAAGGUCUGGGUGCUGCAGGGCGUGCGCGACUCGCUCGUCGACGAGCUCUACAGCGGCGAGUGGGGCGUGCACGAGGACGAGGUCAAGAAGGUGGUGCAGAGCCGCCGCGGCGAGGGCCGCUACGUCCAGGAGGAGGUCAAGGCGCAGGCCGACCUGGUGUGGUACAUCAUCAACUCGGUCGACGGCCGCGUCUUUGUCUGCGGCAGCAGCAAGGGCAUGGGAGAGGGCGUCGAGAAGGCCCUCGUCGAGGUUGCCAUGAUCAAGGGCAACCUCGAGCGGGAGGAGGCGCAGACGUUCUGGAACUUGAAGAAGGAGGCGGGCCAGUAUAUCGCCGAGACUUGGUGAUCCAGAUGCGAAUGCGGAUGCGGAUGCGUACGUUAAUUUUUUUUUCUCGUACAUACCGUAUGGUUCGUUUUUGUAACUCUACGCGGAACGUUCGGAAAAUGCCCGCAAUCAUUUAGACGGUUUGGGACGUGAACAGAGAAUGGAUCAAGGCGUCAGGGUGCAUCCGCAACGGCGCGGGAGCGGUUUUGGUUUUUCAUUUUUGUACUUCAAGUAAUCGGCUUGGGCUGGCGCUUCAAAGAGAGAAUCAUUUUUUUUUUCACCGUGCUAGACAUCUAGAAGGCAUGUUUC